AUGGGCAUUGUCUUUGAGAAGAAGAUCGGUGGCAGUUAUAAAAGUGAGGACUCAUGCCGGAAAGUGGACAGUCGUCGAGUGCCUCUCACGAAGCUGACAUCGCAGAACAUCAAGUUCCUGAAGAGUCUGGGUCUGAAACUUCGCAAAAAAGUGCCAAAAUGCAAAAAUGUUGGCCUUACAACAUUAAUGAAAAACUACAUUUCUCAGAGCCCCAGUCAAGGCUUUCUUAUGGAAAACGCAGGCUGGAGAAUUGAUAAAGAGAAGAAGAUAACUGAUGAUGCAGGAUAUUUUGAUGUAUCCAUUCCCCUCAGUAUGAUAUUAGGAUUUGCUGAAGAUUACCAGAGAAUUGUUGUGAAUGCGAAGCAUGAGUUGAUACUGACACGUUCACACAACGAUAUCAAUGCCGUCAUUCAGGGAGCACCUGCGGCUGGACAGCAGGCAGAGACGUUCAAAAUUUCCCUCACCAAAAUUGAUUGGAUGAUUCCCUACAUCAAACCUGCAGACUCUCAAAAAGUGCAACUUCUCAAUCAGAUUUCAAAGGACAACCUAGUGCCAAUCAGUUUUCGAGCUUGGGAAUUGUAUGAGUAUCCUCUCUUACCUAGGACAUCGAAACAUGUCUAUCCCUAUGGAAAUCUGAAUCUUGACAUUGCACACAACCAGUCUGCUCUUCUCUAUGACAUGUACACCAGCUUUCAAACAUCGUAUUACCAUAAAGAGCCUGAGCCACUAUUCAGCAGAGCGGAAUUCUUGGAAACGGCACCUCUCAUCGUCAUCGAUUGCUCCAAGCAGAAUGAGUUCUUGAAAUCUGGACCUGUGGACAUCCGGCUGGAGUUUGAGUCAUCAGCCGACUUCCCCAACAAUACAGCAGCCUACUGUUUAAUCUUACACGAUCGAAUCAUUGAGUAUAGUUUACUCAGCGGUAGUGUGAAAAAACUUAUUUAA